CUGGGCCUAAUACAGAAAAUAAUAUUGAGCUAGGGUUGAUACUUGGAGAUGGAAGAGAAAUUUGUUCCUUUACUGAGGCCGCCUACUGUCUGAUUGCAAACACAGUUCAAUCUCUCUCUCUCUCUCUCUCUCUCUCUCUCUCUCUCUCUCUCUCUCUCCGUUUGCGUACCACAUGAAUGGCCGUUUGUUGUAGAAUUUACCGUUGAUGUGUUAGUUAUAGUUCAUGUAUUUUCGUAUUUACGGAGUAAUUGAUAAUCUUUAAUCUUGCCCCAGAAGUAUUCUGUUUUAUCCUUCUCUUCUAGCUUCUGUCUCGUUCGAGGGAGAUACAACAGUUCUAGGUUAGGUUUUUAGUCAAGGUUUCGUAGCCAUAAACCCUAAUUCUGUUCCUAAAUUCAUCUACUGCCCUGUCCCAGCCAUGAAUCUUAAGCACUUGUUUUCCAGACAGACAAUCAGCUACAUUUCAAGAUUCAAUGGUAGAGUUAAAUCUCCAAACCCUUGUAUUUACAAAAACUUAUCGACUGUUACUUCCCCCCUUUUCAUCUAUUCACCACCCAAUCAAAACCCUACUCCCUCCCAAAACCCUAAAUUUGAAAAACCAAAUUCGCCAUUCAUUAGAUGCAUCCAUUCUAGCCAAGAAUCAAAACUGGGUGACUUGGGUAGUGAUCCUGAGAUUGAUAUGGAAGAAUCUGAGGAGGAUGGGGACAUGACCGAGUUUCUGUCCCGAUUCGUGUGGAUAAUGCGACGUAAGCUAUCCGAAGUGUACCUUGACUGUGACAAGAAUACGAUUGAGGGCAUGCUUUUGAUUAUUGUUGGGAAGGUUGUGUCGGAAAUGGAGAAAGGUGGGCUUGAGCAGAUGCUUGACGCAGCGGUGGCCACCCCAUCAAAUGAUUUCAGCGAGGAUCUGUGGAAAACUGUGUGGGAGGUUAGCAGUGAAGUGCUGGAUGAUAUGCAGAAGGCGAUGAAAAAGGAGAAAAUGAAAGUGUUUCUUCAAUCCGAAGAGGUGAAGAAAAUGUAUAGAUUUGCAGGUGAGGUGGGUAUUCGUGGGGAAAUGUUGAGGGAGUUGCGGUUCAAAUGGGCUCGCGAGAAGAUGGAGGAGAGUGAGUUUUACCAGAGUUUGGAGUGUCUCCGUGAGGAAGAAGCUCAGGCGGAAAAAGAGGAGGAUGAAACAACUUAUAUCAAAUCCGAAGUCGUGAGUGAAGAGGCUGUUGGGAACGAUUUUGUCAUGGACAAAGAGAAAUCUAAGGUUAUUUCUCUCCCCAAGAGACAUGGGAAGAUAAAAUACAAAAUUUAUGGUCUUGAUCUCUCUGACCCAAAAUGGGCUGAAGUGGCUGAUAAGAUUCAUGAGACUGGGGACAUUUUUUGGCCUCAGGAGCCUAAACCAGUUUCUGGGAAAUGUAAACUUGUUACUGAAAGAAUCCUGUCAUUGAAAGAAGAAGAUAACCCUUCUCCAGUUUUGGCUGAAUGGGUAGAGCUUCUACAGCCUAACCGGAUCGAUUGGAUUACUUUGCUUGAUAGAUUGAAAGAUAAAAACAGCCGGUUAUAUUUUAAGGUUGCAGAACUUGUUCUAGGAGAAGAGUCUUUUCAAACCAACAUUCGUGACUAUUCAAAGCUUAUUGAAGCCCAUGCUCAAGAGAACCGUUUAGAUGACGCGGAGAGGAUUCUGAAGAAGAUGAAUGAAAAUGGCAUCCUACCCGACAUUCUUACAUUCACCAUAUUGGUCCACACGUACAGCAAGGCAGGUAACCUUGAAAAGGCAAAAGAGGCAUUUGAAAACCUAAGGAGUGUAGGCUUUCAACCAGACAUGAGGAUAUACAACUCUAUGAUCAUGGCAUACGUAAAUUCUGGUGAACCCAAGUUGGGUGAGUCCCUGAUGAGAGAGAUGGAGGCAAGGGACAUGAAACCCACGAAGGAGAUUUACAUGGCCUUGCUCCGUUCGUUUGCCCAGCGGGGCGACUUUGGUGGGGCCCAACGAAUUGCCACGACGAUGCAAUUUGCAGGGUUCCAACCUACUUUGGAGUCUUGUACGUUGCUUGUGGAGGCAUUUGGGCAAUUUGGCGACCCGGAUCAGGCAAGAAGCAAUUUCGACUACAUUAUUAAAGUUGGACUCAGGCCUGAUGAUAGGUGUGUUGCUAGUAUGAUUGCAGCUUACAGGAAGAAUAAUUUAUUGGACGAGGCACUGAAUCUCCUGCUGGAAAUGGAGAAAGAUGGGUUUGAGCCUGGGGUUUCUACUUACAGUGUUCUAGUGGAUUGGUUGGGUAAACUGCAACUGGUUGAUGAAGCUGAGCACUUUUUGGGCAAAAUUGAUGAGGUAGGGGAGUCUCCUCCCCUUAAGGUCCAUGUAAGCCUUUGUGAUAUGUACUUAAAGGCUGGAGCUGAGAAAAAGGCACUUCAGGCCUUGGGUGUUGUGGAGGCCAAGAAGGAGCAGUUGGGAGCACAGGAUUUUGAGAGGAUUAUUAAGAGUCUUAUAGAGGGUGGGUUUGCCCAGGAUGCUACAAGGAUACGUGGCCUGAUGGAGGCCCAAGGGUUUGUAGUUUCAGAACCACUUAGGGUGGCAUUGAUGGCAAUGGAGUCAAUUAAGUACAAGCCUGAUUUAUCCCAUAACUUUGGCCGCAAGAGACCAAUAAUGAGGUAGUCUUUUUAUUUGUUAUCUAUCAAGAAAUAAGGAAGUGAGGUAGUCUUUUCAGUCCAUUGAGGAAUGCACUUCCGAACACAGAAUGGCAGGGGAAUGAACCUAAAACUACAAGGGAGUGAAUUGAGCUCAUUGUCACAUUAUUAUCGAAGCCUACGUAUGCAGUAACUGUCGGCAGGGUUUUUGUGCCUGUAAACAUGUAAUUCCAAUUCUGGAAGUCACCAUGUAUUGAAGGCCUCGUGUGAACGGAGAGUGGUAUGUUGCUUAGUUUGAACCUGCCAAAUAUGCAAGGUAGUCUUCUUUUCAGUAGAGGUAACCUUGGCUUGCAGAAUGUGUUCUUUUUUUUUCUUCAAAUAUGAAUCCAAAAUUUGAAACCCAAG